GGAGUCGACAUUUGCCCGUGAAGAUCCCCAAGGGAAAAACAGAAAUAAAAAAGUCGACCACCAUCCGGGGUCCUCGAAUCAUAUUGUCCCAGCCACUCGCCCAUCAAGACGUACAGGAGGCUUGAAUACACCGCGCCAACGUCGAUUCCAGCACUGAUCGGUGGCGCGUCGUUGUUUGGGGAGACACUAGUGCAUUUUGGGUCUCUCCACGCCUAUUAUAAGGGUCCCGCCAUCCCUCGCUCCAAUUCUCUCCUCCUCUUCCUUUUCUUCUUCCUCCCGUCCUCUCUAGACCUCUACCUCUUCUCCUCUCCAAUCCCUCCUCCUCCUCUCCCUCCUCCUCCUCCCGCCGUCCGGUCCAUAUCACAGUUAUGGCCUCUGCUGCACCACAGCAGGCCGCCCAGCCUGCGUCGGCGCCCCGGAGCAAGAAGUAUGAUCCCACGAAACCGCACAUCACUGAACAGCCCAUGACCAUCCACAAUUGGUACAAGCAUAUCAACUGGAUCAAUGUCACGCUCAUCCUCUUUGUGCCCCUGUACGGCAUCAUUGCUGCCUUCUGGACCCCUCUCCAGUGGAAGACGGCUGUCUGGGCUGUCGUAUACUACUUCAUGACCGGUCUGGGUAUCACAGCUGGUUACCACCGUCUCUGGGCCCACUCAUCCUACACAGCAACGACCCCCCUCAAGAUUUUCCUUGCCGCUAUGGGUGGCGGUGCCGUUGAGGGUUCGAUCCGCUGGUGGGCUAGAGACCACCGAGCUCACCACCGAUACACCGACACCGACAAGGACCCCUACUCCGUACGAAAGGGUCUCCUCUACUCGCAUUUCGGAUGGAUGGUCAUGAAGCAGAACCCCAAGCGUAUUGGCCGUACCGACAUCUCAGACUUGAACGAUGACCCCAUCGUUGUUUGGCAACACCGCAACUACCUCAAGACCGUCAUCACCAUGGGACUGAUCUUCCCCUGCAUUGUUACGGGUCUUGGCUGGGGAGACUGGAAGGGUGGAUUCAUCUACGCAGGGAUUCUCCGCAUCUUCUUCGUUCAACAGGCCACCUUCUGCGUCAACUCCCUGGCACACUGGCUCGGUGACCAACCAUUCGACGACCGCAACUCUCCUCGUGACCACGUUAUCACUGCUCUCGCUACUCUCGGAGAGGGUUACCACAACUUCCACCACGAAUUCCCAUCAGACUACCGCAAUGCCAUCGAGUGGCACCAAUAUGACCCCACAAAGUGGACCAUCUGGAUCUGGAAGCAACUCGGUCUCGCCUAUGACCUCAAGCAGUUCAAGCAAAAUGAGAUCGAGAAGGGCCGUCUCCAGCAGCUACAGAAGAAGCUCGACCAGAAGAGACAACAACUCGACUGGGGUAUUCCUCUUGAGCAGCUGCCAAUCAUCGACUGGGACGCAUAUGAGGCCGAAGCCAAGGACGGCAGAGCCCUCAUUGCUGUUGCUGGUGUCGUUCACGACGUGACCGACUUCAUCAAGGAACACCCCGGUGGAAAGGCCCUGAUCACCUCUGCUAUUGGCAAGGACGCAACAGCCAUCUUCAACGGUGGUGUUUACAACCACUCCAACGCUGCACACAACCUUCUGUCAACGAUGCGUGUGGGUGUCCUCCGAGGAGGCUGCGAGGUCGAGAUCUGGAAGCGGGCACAACGCGAGAACAAGGACAUCUCGUUCGUCAGCGAUUCAGCAGGGCAGAAGAUCAUCCGAGCCGGCAGUCAGGUGACACGCAUCGCAGAACCCAUCGCCUCGGCGGACGCCGCAUGA